AUGUUACGCACCGUGUUCCUCACACUGGUUGUCCUUGUUGGCUACGGGGCGGCUGUUUCCGUGGAUGUUCCAGAAGGCCCAUUGUCGCCGGGUCGCACCAAUGUGGCCCGUCGGUAUUUGAGCGCCAAGACACAGCAGUUUCUCGUCAACGGUAGCGCUAUUCCCGAAGUCGACUUCGACAUUGGCGAAUCUUUCGCCGGUCUUUUGCCAAUCUCAAACUCAACCACUUCCAGUCUGUUCUUUUGGUUCUUCCCGAGCGAAAACCCCGAGGCCUCGGAAGAGAUUACAAUUUGGCUGAAUGGAGGGCCAGGAGACAGCGGCAUGCUCGGCAUGCUUCAAGGGAAUGGGCCCUUUCUCUGGCAGCCAGGGACUCGCAGGCCCGUGCGAAACCCCUAUUCGUGGACCAACUUGACCAACGUUGUCUAUAUGGAUCAGCCCGUGGGGACCGGCUUCUCCCCGGGCCCGGGAGCCGUCAAGGACGUUGAUGAUAUCGCGGAGCAGUUUGUUACCUGGUUCGAGAACUUUGUGCAAACAUUUGAUCUAAGACGCAAAGUGUUCAUCACGGGCGAGAGCUACGCCGGUCAUAUGAUUCCGUACAUCGCCUCGCGAAUGCUUGACCGCAAUGACAUCGCUUACUUGCAAGUCAAAGGGAUUCAGAUUAUCAACUCACUCAUCAACGGGUACGAUGUGUUGCAACAGGCUCCAGCAGUGGCCGCCUUGAACCAUUAUCGCAGCGUGUUUGGACUCGACGAAACACUCGUCUCCAGCUUCAAUGCGAGAGCCGAUGAAUGCGGCUACAGCAAGUUUUUAUUCGAGGCUCUGACAUAUCCACCGCAGGAUAGCUUCCCGGCAGUGCCAGACCAUGGGCGGCCGGGCUGUAACAUCUGGAGCAAUAUAUUGACAGCCGCGUUCCAGGUCAAUCCCUGCUUUAACGUCUACCACUUGACGGAUUCUUGCCCCAAGCUUUGGGAUGUCAUGCAGGACGGCUCGGACAAUUACUUCAAUCGUCCCGACGUGCAGAAAAUACUCAACGUGCCAACGACGGAAUACAAACCUCACGGGGGUUUCACUUGGCAAGGCAAUCCUGGCAAAGAUGCUUUGGGUCCCAUGCCAAGUUCGUGGGGUCCGCUUAGGAGCGUUAUCGAGAGGACCAACAACACCAUGAUAACCCACGGCUUGCUGGACUAUCUACUGCUCGUCAACGGCACUCUGACUACCAUACAGAACAUGACGUGGAACGGAGCACGGGGGUUUCAGAGACGACCAACUGAGCCGUUUAUUGUCCCGGACGAUGGGGCUGGCCUUCAAGGAACCGCUCACACAGAACGGGGACUCACCUUUACAUCAGUCUCUUUCGGUGGCCACGCAAUGUCACAAUAUGUGCCGGCCGCGGCGUAUCGGCAACUCGAGUUUCUGCUCGGUCGUAUCCAAACCCUAUAG